UUGAUUUAAGCAACAGGUGUGUCCACCCAUCGCGAAGUAUACGUGCUCUCGAGUCUUCGCUACAAGAGACACGCCGCUUCAUUUUACAUGGCGGAAACAGACGAAAACUCGCCUCUGGCGGGCGAGCCCAGGACUUCGUUGGUCAACGAAGGUGGCUGCAACGCCGCUUCUUCCGACCGGCACGAGCAACAUUCCUCAUCGGCCGUCAACUCUCAGGCCAUGACGGAAGUCUGCUUGACUCCCCACUCCGACGCCCCCAAGGAUGCGUCGACGGACAGUUUGGGCCGGAAGUCCGGCGACAGAGAAGUAUGGGGCAAGAAGGCCGACUUCCUCCUGUCCGUGAUUGGAUUUGCCGUGGACCUGUCCAAUGUGUGGCGCUUCCCGUACCUCUGCUACGCCUACGGUGGAGGCGCGUUCUUGGUGCCGUACCUGAUCAUGCUGGCGGUGGGCGGCAUUCCGCUCUUCUUCAUGGAGCUUGCCCUCGGCCAGUACCACCGCAAGGGCGCCAUCACCUGCUGGGGAAGGCUGGUGCCCCUCUUCAAAGGCGUGGGUUACACGGUGGUGAUGAUUGCCUUCUACGUGGACUUCUACUACAACGUGAUCAUCGCCUGGGCGCUAUACUACCUGGUGGCGUCGUUCACCUCCGAGCUGCCGUGGACCAACUGCAACAACUCGUGGAACACGGACCACUGCCUCGAGCUGGCUUACGGACAGCGCCUUCUCCGGCUGCCGGCCAACGAGAGCUCGUCGCCCCUGGACGACGGCGUCGAGGGCCGCGACGCGAACGCCACCGACGACACGGACAGAGCACUCGCCGUCGACCUCAGGGCCAACUACACCACUCCCGCCGAGGAGUACUUCACACGUCACCUGCUGCAGCUUCAGUACAGUUCGGGCAUUGAUGACCUCGGUUCCAUCAAGUGGGACAUGGCGCUGUGCUUGCUCGCCGUCUACCUCAUCUGCUACUUCAGUCUAUGGAAAGGAAUUUCAACCUCCGGAAAGGUGGUGUGGUUCACGGCGUUGUUCCCGUACUGCGUUCUCUUCAUCCUGCUUAUCCGCGGCACCACGUUGCCCGGGGCAGCCCAGGGAAUCGCUUACUACCUCACGCCAGACUUCAGCGUACUCGCCAACCCGAGGGUUUGGGUGGAUGCGGCCACUCAGGUAUUCUUCUCCCUGGGUCCCGGCUUCGGCGUCCUGCUGGCAUUUUCCAGCUACAACGAAUUCCACAACAACGUCUACAGGGACGCGUUGCUGACGAGUGCGGUGAACAGUGCCACCAGCUUCUUGGCGGGCUUCGUUAUCUUCAGCGUGCUGGGCUACAUGGCUCACCGCGCAGACAUACCCAUCGAGAAGGUGGCCACCGAAGGCCCCGGCCUAGUGUUCAUUGUGUAUCCGGAGGCGAUCGCCGCCAUGCCUGGCUCCACCUUCUGGGCAAUCAUCUUCUUCCUCAUGCUUCUCACACUAGGACUGGACAGCUCGUUCGGGGGCUCCGAGGCGAUUAUCACUGGCUUCAGCGACGAGUAUCCCUUCGUGAAGAGGAACAGGGAGCUGUUCGUGGCCGGACUCUUCACGCUUUACUACAUCAUCGGACUCGCCAGCUGCACGCAGGGUGGCGUGUACGUGGUGAACAUGCUGGACCGCUACGCCGCCAGUUACUCCAUCCUGAUCGCCGUCUUCUUCGAGGCCGUGGCGGUCUCUUGGAUCUACGGCAUCCGAAGGUUCUCGGACGACAUCAAGGAGAUGCUGGGCUUCCCCGUCGGCUCAUGGUGGAAGUUUUGCUGGGCCGUCGUGGCACCUUUCUUUAUACUGGUGAUCAUCGCCAGUGGCCUGGUGAACUACGAGCGGCUGUCGUACAACGAGUACAAGUACCCGUGGAGUGCCGACGCGGUGGGAAUCUGCGUGGCCGCCUCGUCGGUGCUCUGCAUACCCGCCUUCGCCCUGUGGAACCUCAUCCGGACGCCCGGAACCAUGGCACAGCGGCUUCGGCGGUUAACGACGCCCUGGCGUGACCAGGAAUGCGACUUCAAGAAGGACGCCGGUGCCUUGACUCCCAGUCCACCUCCGGUCAGCGUCUAAGGUGCACAGUGGCUGCGUCGAAAGCAGCAAAAUGGCGACCUCUCCCGGUCACCGCUGCUUCCUCUGGAAAAGCGUGCCAAGCCUAGUGCGGGUGUCAUGGCGGCUCCCGCGGUUGCUUUUGUGCAUACAAUACCUAGCAUAUACUCAAACAUGUCCAGCGAGCUACGGUGACGUCGGUUCGUAUGCGGUAUACAGCGUUAUCUAUACGUGCCUGCAUUACGCCGUUUAACUCGAAAGAAACAUUGCAUUUGUGUUCACUGUUCUAUGACAGGCGGACAAAGCUGAGAGAUAACAGUGGGAGAUAUAAGGAUGUUGUUUAUGUCCAACCAUGUUUGCUUACGGGUCGCAGGGCAGCACGCAGUUGACGCAGAAAAGCUGGGCCAAGCUCCUUGAAACUGGUUUUCUUGUUUUCGUGACCGAUCGAAUUAGAGUCCAGCAUCACGAGUAGAAGUGUCAAAAAUAAUCGCCACAGUCCGUGUUACUGUUGAAAUGUUAUCCAUAUUAGGGACAUGUAUAUUCAAGAUUACGGAGACUUAAUUAUUGCAUUGCAAGAAAUGAAUGAAACCGCAGUGUGCUCCAAAUCACAAAAAAAAAAAAAGAUAUCAAUGUAUAUUGCUCAUGAUUUCUCGCUGUGCCUGACCGAGUGUAGUACCAUAUUUGUCUCUAUAGUAAUAUGAGUGUGAGUAUGGGUGCGCAAGUACCGUGCUUUCUAGUUCACGAUGCCCUCGUUGUGUCAGUAAGGGCUACCAGCUAGCAAACAGACACACAUACACACUUGGGUGACACCAGACGCGCUCAUUUAACAGCGCAACUGUUCUGGGGCUGUGCAUUCUUGGCCUGACGACAGAUGAGUGUCCGUCAUGUCACGCUCCGGUUCCCAGACACACUCACAGAUCGCUUAAAUGCCUUGGUCGCGGAUGGAGCGGUAUUUCUAGCUGGAAUUGGCCGGAGAGGCGGAAACCAAUGCGAGGCCGCGCUACGGGCGAGGAAGAGAGGCGACCGGCUAUGGGUAAAAGAACGGGGGUUUAUGUGCGCCGCGUCUUUUCCGAAGAGGGGCAAGACCUCUCGUACGGCCGAGGAAGAAGCCGCUCGUCGCGAGCGGCAGCGGAGUUGGCACUAGAGCGCUUCGCUGUUUCGACAGCUUUCACUGCGUGAAACUGGCUUUACUUUCUUUUUUUUUUUUUUACGGUGUCACACUUCGCGACAUCGGACAUUGUAGUCCGUUUCUAAUGUCCGCGUGCGUGCAUACCGGCGAUGUUUGGGAAAUAUACAGCGAAGAAUAAUCUUGCUGCGCAGUGUAUGUGACCUAUAAUAUAUAUAUGUGUACAUGUAGUGAAGGCUGUCUUGCUGGUGCGUUUACGGGUAACACCGUUAACCGCGUGCAAACUCGAAUGCAUACCUGCUACCUGUGGCGUCGACGACGCGCCAUUUCUUGACGUCAUUAAGUGUAAUUGAAUGAGUGUGAAUGAGUGUGCUCGUUAAUACUUGGAAUCGUAGUUGUGUGCAUGGAAGCUGUUGUCCUCGGAGAUCGCGUUAAAAGCACUCGGUUCCCUUGAUGACAGAGCGAACGCAGGCAUGCAAAAGCGCGCUUUAUAAGUGCAAUAUGUUGAGUACAAAUAUCUUUUUGUCACGGGUAAACGGUGCAUGUACUGCGGUGCUGCACAGGAAUUGCGUAUUUAAUAACGAAGACGAAUGUCUUGUGCUGGACUCAGCAGGUGGAUCAGUGACACUGAUGUCCUGCUGCUGUCCGUGAGGUCGUAGGUUCGUUACCAGGAGUUCUUUGGGGUCCGAGGACAAAAAAACGCUCGUGUAUUUAUCUUUGUGUACAAAUAUACUCGCCGUCUGCCGUAGCCCGUAUGGUACGUCUGUACAUUUGGGCCUUCAUUUCGUGGCUUUCUCCACCAUUAAGAUAUCUAUGCACGGAAUAAAUUAUUAUAAGCUUUAGAGAAACUAUUUAACAGCCCAGUAUGACGCGUAUGUUUGCCUUUAAUGUCAGAGGGCUGUCGCAUUAGGCUUUUCUUUUUCUUAGACUACGACAGUCUAUAAAAAAGCGCGUUACUGGUCGCACUGAACUCACAGUCUUGCUUCGAGUUCGCGAAAGCUAAGAACUGACGAAUGGGCUAUAUACGAUUCAACAGUGCGAUACCUUCCACCGAUGACAGUUUACGCAUUAAGGGAGUUUGGAUAAUUUUCGGUCAGAUCCUGUUAUCCCAUGAAUUGACUAGAAAAGUAGUAAAGAGGUGGUGUCAAUGGCCAGCAUACCUUUCACCACAGCAUCUAUAAGCUGCGUAGACGGCGCUCUGCUAGCUAUGCUGCGUGAAAGGAACAUGGUUGGUCAUGAUCAUCAUGACCAACGACAUUCCUUUCACGCAUGUAAACGGUGAAAUCAUGACCACCGAUUUCGCUUGCCCACGCUUUUCUGUCGCGGAAGUAUAUCCCGAGUUUUUCCUUGUCAGUGGCCUGCAAG